AGCAGCACUGGUGCAUGCUCUGUCUGUGUGUCUGCCCUCCCCUGGGCAUUUUAAGAAGGAUCUUGACAGUCGGAGAGUAGCUGUCAGUUUGUCGCAAGUUUGUCUGUUUCAACAAGGCAGUGUCACCCGGAAGGCAGAAAAGGAUCCUUUGAGAAUGUCAAGCGCUCUGGUUGUGUGUGAAGUGGAUGAAAGUCUGCAAGCUAAACUGAAAAAGCUAAGAUUUCGAAAAGAGACCAACAAUGCUGCCAUAUUGAUGAAAAUAGACAUGGUGAAACAGCUUGUUAUCCUUGAAGAGGAAUAUGAGGACAUCUCACUGGAUGAGUUGAGAGAUGAACUUCCAGAGCGGCAACCCAGAUUCAUUGUCUACAGCUACAAAUAUGUCCAUGAUGAUGGGAGGGUGUCUUACCCGCUUUGUUUCAUAUUCUCCAGUCCAAUGGGAUGUAAGCCAGAGCAACAAAUGAUGUAUGCAGGCAGCAAGAAUCGACUGGUCCAAGCUGCAGAGCUCACAAAGGUCUUUGAAACACGAAAUGCUGAUGACUUGACAGAAGAAUGGCUGAAGAGCCAGCUGGCAUUUUUUCGCUAAAUAUGCAUCUUCAAUACAAUCACUUUUUCUUUGUGAAACAAACCCAAUGCCCAUGGAUUUCAAUGUUCAAUUGGUGUGCAUGUUAUUACUAUUAAAAGGAUUACCUGUAUAAAGUU